AUGCCCUCCAUCCUCCCCCCAUGGCCAAACCUAAUCUUCGGCAUCUUCGAGCCCAUCUCCCUCAUCGCGGGAGCACUAAGCCCCCUCCUCAACCUCCCCGCCUUCAUCACCGACCAAAUCCCUCAAGCCCACCCUCAAGGCCAAUCUAACCCCAUCCAACCCCAAUCCAUCUCCCUAGCCUACCAACUCGGCAACCUGUACGGCCUCCUCGCCCUCCUGGGGCUGGGGAUCCUGCGCACCACGACCGAACCCCCGGUCAUCCGCCGCUACCUGCUUGCCCUGCUGGUGGCGGACGUGGGCCACAUCUCCGCCACGGGGUGGGGGAUGGGGUGGGCGCGGUUCUGCGACGUGGGCGGGUGGAACGCCCUGACCUGGGGCAACGUGGCGGUUACGGCGUUUCUGGGGGUCAAUCGCGUGCUGUUUCUGGUUGGCUGGGUGGGGGAUUACCAGCUACCAGUGGCAGCAAAAACUGGGAAGACAGAGCAGAAGAAUAGCCGUGGCAAGAAGGUUGCUUGAGCUUGGGCUUGGGUUUGGGCUUGGGCUUGGGCUUCUAGGGCUGUGUGGGCUGGGGUUCGGUUGCCUUGCUCUUGAUUUUCGGCGGAUGGGACGGGGUUGCUUGGGAAAUGUGUGUAGCAGAUGGAAAGAGUCGUCGGAGCAGGUAGGCUAAGGGGGAAAAAGAAUUGUUUAACAUGAAACUACGUCAAAAGACUUCCUAGUAGUGAAUCAGAUCAGACGGCUCCCUCGGCUGAAUCCUCGAUGCUUGAGUUUGGCUGCCGCAAAGGUUAUUGCGAUGGAGGACGGAGUAUAGCGG